CGACGAUGGCAACUCCUCUCUACAGCGGGUUGCGCACCCUGCGCAUACCUGCUCUCAGAUUAUGUCGCCAACAACCUCUCAUAUACUCUUGGAGACGUGCACUCGUACGUCCCCUCUCGACGACUUUGCCUCGCUUGACGCCUGCUGCUCAGGCUGUCGCGAGUCCAGAUGCUAGCAAACAAGUCUCUGCCGCAGAGGUAGAAACGGAUGAGCCCGUACCAUUCUCGGAUCUCAAAGGAAAAGUGUCUCCGAAAACUUUAGAUGCAAUUACUGUCCGACCUUUUAAGCAUACGCAUAUGACCCCCGUGCAGGAGGCCGUGCUUGGCAUGCUUCCUGCACUAUCGGACCCACUCAAGAAGGAUGAGAAGGGAAAUUUUGUUGAUUCGGAAUGUACCCGAGAUCUCAUGGUCAGGGCAAAAACUGGUACAGGCAAAACGCUGGCAUUCCUUGUGCCCGCUAUUGAGUCACGUGUCAAGGCAAUUGACGAGGCACGCGAGGAAGCGGUUGCUCGCGCAGGAAAGGCUGCAGAUAAAAGGCUAGAGGAAAUCGCAAAACGGGAGUUCACCAAUAAUCACGUCGGCGCACUCAUUCUAAGCCCAACGCGCGAGCUUGCAAAACAGAUCGCGGUGGAAGCGGAGAAACUUUCCGCCCACCACGGUUUCAAGGUUCAUCAGUUUCUUGGAGGGGAGAGUAAGUCAAGGCAAAUGCGCGAAUGGACGAGAAAUCGAAAGGACAUUGUCGUUGCCACGACAGGCCGACUUCGUGACCUAAUGGAUUCGGAAUCUGGUCUUUUAGACGGAAUUCGAACGGCGAAACUGCUUAUCCUUGACGAAGCCGACACCAUGUUGGACAUGGGAUUCCGGGAGGACAUUGAAGCAAUCGCUCAGGAACUUCCUCAGGCUCCUGAACGUCAGACAUUCGUCUUCUCAGCAACGAUCAGUAAAGCUAUUCAACAGAUUGCUCGUCGUACACUGAGCAAGAACCAUAUGUUUAUUAACACGGUGUCGGAUGAGGACUCCCCAGUGCACGCUCAUGUCCCGCAGUAUCAUACUGUUUUAUCUUCCGCAGCCGAUCAGCUGCCACACACGCUCCGCUUAAUCGCUCAUGAUCAGCUUACGAACCCUGGAAAAUCCAAAAUUAUCCUGUUCUUGCCAACAACGAAGCUGACGCAAUUGUUCUCUACCCUUCUUCGCGAACUCACACGUUCGGUACUGCCAGCUGGUAGGGAAACGACGAUUUACGAGCUUCACUCAAAGAAGAGUAUGGAGUCGCGUACCAGGACGUCUGACCGUUUCCGGAAUGACAAGUCUGGCGCAUGUGUUCUCAUUACUUCCGACGUAUCGGCCCGCGGUGUAGAUUAUCCUGGAGUCACUCGUGUCAUCCAGCUCUGUAUCCCUGCAUCUCCAGACCAGUACGUGCAUCGAGUUGGACGCACUGGACGAACAGGUGGUGGUUCUCAGGGACGCGGAGACCUCGUCCUCUUACCUUUUGAACAUAGUUACGUCCAGGGAGAGCUCAACCAUGUUCCUCUGAAACCCGUCACUACUAAUGACCUUGCGAAGCAAGUUUCUGAGAUGGCCGCCCAGCACGAUGAAGACCCGAAGGCCUUCUUCCCUCCUGCACUUGAAACGAAACCCAAAUCCGCCUUUGAGCGAGGCCGCGGUAGGUCUGGAGAACGCGAGCGGGCGCCUCUUACUCGUUAUCCAGGCCGUGUCGCUCCUAGGCUCGAAGCCUUAAAUGAAGAGAUCCAGCAGGUCUUAUCGCUGGCAGAGGAAGAAGACAUCAAAGAGACGUUUGCGUCCAUGCUGGGCUUUUACGUUGCAAGAUGUGAUGAGUUGCGUGCACCUCGUAAUGCUGUACUUGACGGCCUACGCGACUGGUCAACACAGGGAGUUGGACUUGAAAAGCCGCCUUAUGUCUCAGAAGCUUUCCUCGCGAAGAUCGGCUUCGCGGGCGAAAGGAAGUAUGAACAACGCAGCGGUGGUAGUAGACAACGAUCAUCGUCAUUCGGGUUAAGGAAGGAUAGGGAUAGGAAGGACUCGGACCGCAGGACAAAUCGAUGGGAAGGACGCGGAAGCAAUGAGGCGCGCAGACGUCGUACCAACGACUCAGGGGAGUAUAGAGAUGGCAGAGAAAGCCGAUACUCUGUUCGUGAGUCACGGAAUGAAUGGCCCCCUCGCCGCAACUUCGACGAAGGGAGGAAAGACGCACGAGAUGGUGGGGACCGAGGGAGGCGACCGAGCUGGGAUAACGUCCUCAAGGAUGAUUAGCUGUAUCCCUACUCACGAUUGACUACGCUUACUAGGCAUCGCAUAAUUCAGCAUAGAAUAUGUUUCUUCGUAUUUAUUCUCUUCAACGGUUUUUACAUCUCAUAGCCUCACUCAUCAUGUCGUUCAUCAAUACAUGGCUCUUGCAGCACUGAUAUAUGGGCAUUCAUAAU